ACGUUAAUUUGAAGAUUUAUGAGUGGCAGCAAAUUUUAAGAGUUCGAGAAUACUCGACAAAUGACAAAGAAAAACUUAAAAUACGAGAGAAUUUUAUCGCUAACGAAGUGAUUAAAUCGUUGCCUAACACAUUGCCAAGUUAUUUAGAUUCUAAAUUUGCUAGUAAACUUAUAAAUAUACAAGAGAUUAAAACAUCUUCAGCUACUUUUAAAAAACAUCCAGUUUCUAUGUAUACAAAUAAACUUAUAAAUACGGAAGAAAUUAAGCAAGCGUUUAGUAGAUCCAUUGAUAUGAGUAAAGCAGAUUCAACACUUUGCCAUUUUAGUGUUUCAAACUAUUUAAGUAAUAAUAACGAUAAUGGGAAUAAUGCACUUCCCUGUAAAAGAAAAGCAUUAGAUAUUAAUGAUAAUAAUCAUACACUAUCUCAUAAAAGAAUAAUAUUAGAUAUUAAUG